GGCCUGUCCAGAAAACCAUGCAGUCAUCUGGGCAUCGGUUCCGUGACGUUGAGCAUCACCCGCUGCUUGCCGAAAAUGACAGCUAUGACUCGUCGUCUUCGGAGGCUGACGUGGCCGACAGGGUUUGGUUCAUCCGUGAUGGUUGUGGGAUGGUCUGCGCGGUGAUGACGUGGCUCCUCGUCAUCUACGCGGAUUUUGUGGUGACGUUUGUCAUGCUGCUGCCUUCCAAAGACUUUUGGUACUCCCUCGUCAACGGGGUCCUCUUCAACUGCCUGGCAGUGCUGGCCUUGUCCUCCCACCUGAGAACGAUGCUGACUGAUCCCGGAGCCGUGCCCAAGGGAAACGCCACAAAAGAGUACAUGGAGAGUUUGCAGCUGAAGCCCGGCGAGGUGAUUUACAAGUGCCCCAAAUGUUGCAGCAUCAAGCCAGAGCGCGCCCACCACUGCAGUAUUUGCAAGCGAUGUAUUCGGAAGAUGGAUCACCACUGCCCUUGGGUCAACAACUGUGUUGGAGAGAGAAACCAGAGGUUCUUUGUGCUGUUUACCAUGUACAUAGCUCUAAUUUCUGCUCAUGCCCUCAUCCUGUGCGGGUUUCAGUUCUUCUCCUGUGUCAGAGGGCAGUGGACUGAGUGCAGUGACUUCUCCCCACCCGUGACCGUGAUCCUGAUGAUUUUCUUGGGCCUCGAGGGUUUCCUGUUUCUUACGUUCACUUCAGUCAUGUUCGGCACCCAGAUCCACUCAAUAUGUAACGACGAAACGGAGAUUGAAAGGCUGAAGAGCGAGAAGCCCACCUGGGAACGGAGGCUACGCUGGGAAGGAAUGAAAUCCGUUUUUGGGGGCCAGCCUUCCCUGCUGUGGAUCAAUCCUUUUGCUGGAUUCCAGAUCAAGCGGCUGAUGCUGAGAGCCAAGAAAGGCGGUCCAGAGUUUUCCGUCUGAGCCCGACGUAGUAAUGAUACCGGAACUGAUAUCCACACACAGAGAAAGUAGUGUAUAGUAUUUAUUUGGAGCCAGGAGGGACGGCCGCCCUCGUUGAACCUGUGACCAGUGGCUGUUGACACAAGUGAAACAUUUUGCUUGUAGCAAGCAGAAUUUUAUACGUUUAUAGUCACCAACAUCUCAUUAACUCUCAGAAGCGUCAGCCAGACGCUCCCGCACGGGGCUUUUGAGCAAGAAGCAAAAACGAAACCCCGAGAAAGAUGGACAGUUACACCGAGGAGGUCAAAUUAUCAUCUGACUACCGUAACUUAUUAUUUACAGGACUAAUUACGCUUUCCUUUCUUCUCUAUGUGAAGCCCCUUUUAUUUGAUAUGUCUUUUUUUAAGAGUUUGCUGUUUUUUAUAAGACCCUGUGCUGAGUUGUCAAUCACGACGUGUAAGAUACAAAUGCUGGAAGCCAUCCGUCAAGCGCAAUCCUGCUUUUCAUCCUAACAAUUUCAAGGCCAAGCACAGUCCCACCCUGUAACUUUUCUGUUCUGCCUUUUGGGCCCACCGAGCUGUAUUUCUGUUAACGUAAACAUCUGCAGAACGGCCUGUUAUCCACAGCUGCACUGCCAGACUGCCUAAGGGUGUGACGAGUGCCCCAAAUUUCCCUAGGCUCGUAGUGGAUUGAAUCCUUUUGGGGACCCGAGUCAUUUUACAUCCUUACAUGUACAGCAGUCCCGUUGUAACUCCUACCCUCACAUUGUUGUGCCGGUUUGCGCAUCGUGAUAAUUUCAGGGAACGCGGUUUCUGCUCUUGGGUGUAUCGAAGGAGAGCUUUGUAAACUUGCAUAUCAAAUGUGGAGCAGCCGUGGCCACAGGCUCCUUGUGAAGCAAACAUCUUGCAGGCGGGGUGGCUCUGAGUGCAGCCGACCGCUUCCAAUUUUGUUAUGCCCCUUUCCCCCCACAGACCCCUCUGGAGCACAUUGCCAAACUUGCCCGCAUUUCAGAGUUGGUGCCGGCGAGGUUGCCACUCCGGGCAGAAUAAGGUUAAGGAGGGUUGCCUGGGGAAGUGGUGAGCGCCCCCUGGCUGCCAGUUUUCAAGCAACAGGCUGGACAGCAGCUGCCACAGAUGCUGAAGCCGGGCCUGCACUGAUCAGGAGGUUGAACUACAUGGCCUGUCUGGCCCUUUCCAACUCUAUGAUUCUAGUUGUUAGCAUGACCGGCAAUCCUUGCCCCUCUCGAAGUGGGGCUUCUCUUUGGACAAGUUGGCUUCUGCUCGGAGUCUAACAUGCUAUUUAGGAACCAGCCUUUCUGGUUCUAGAAAGUCUUCAUUGCUCCCUUUGUGGAUCUGGUCCUUAGCUUCACAGGCACACAAUCCUGUGUGAACCCAGCCCAUGCAUGCACAAGCUUUCAUGCUCCCUUCAGCAGCUCUUCUGCAUGUGCGAAGAGACGUGCGUACCACGCUUCCCUGCUUUUUGAGGAUGCCUGUGGGCUCUAGCACAUGUGAGCGCGCCCGGCGUACAUCAGAUCUCCCGCUCACGCAAAAGGGUGACGAGGGAUCACGCUUGCCGCGUGCGUAGAGUCAUGAUGUUUUGUGCGAUCUCGUGGCGCGGUGCCCUCUGGGCUGUGUGGUGUUGCAGCUAGCAGAGCUGCAUUUGCUAAGCACCGUCACUAAGAGAGGUGGGAAGAGGUCUUUAGAAACGAGGCAUGUGGCAGGAACCUGACGGGAAGGAGAAUUUGAAAACCCUCCCAAAGAAACGAGUUCCGGAAAAACUGAUUCCAAGGUGGAGAAACAAGUUGUGUAUAAACAGCAUUGGCUGCCCUGUGUAGAGAGGGUGGGGGGGAAAGGGUACAGUGUUUUGAAUGGGUUCUUAAAUCAGCGAGGAACAGAACAGAGCCAGAGGAGAGUGUGCUCUGAAUACAGGGGUCUGCAACCUGCGGCUCUCCAGAUGUCCAUGGACCAAUUGGCCAUGCUGGCAGGGGCUGAUGGGAAUUGUAGUCCGUGAACGUCUGGAGAGCCGCAGGUUGCAGACCCCUGGAAUAGAAGCACUAAAUCGGUUUCUCCUCCCUCCUCCUUAAUUCUUGGAAUGACUCGCCACCCAAGGACUGAAGUGGUACAAACUGGAGCAGGAGUCCCUGGAAGGAGGGGGAAAAACAUAUAACAAAAGAACCUCUGUUGUAUAACUUGCCUUAAACCUAUCAGGGUUGAGCUCUUGGUUUGCUGGCGGCACCACACAGUGCUGAGGGAUCUUCUGUCCCAUAGCUGGAGUCCCCAAAAUGUGUUUGUUUGUGCAUAUGUGGGUAUCCGCAUGUGCGUGUUUUGCAGCGCCCCAUGCGCUGCUGGAGCACUGUUUACCACGUUGCCCUUGCUCCGCAGGCGCUGCAGUGCCCACACCUCUAUCCCGGCACCACCGCCCUCUUCCUGCGCAUGCUUUGCCAUUUGAAUUCCAGCCUGUCAGUUUCUGGUCUGUCCACGAUGCUGAGUUCGAUGCUUAUUUGCCCCUCACCAUACCCCAGAGCUUCCCACGAUGCAGCUGACUUGACUCGAGUCUAGUAUUGGGGUGGGAAUGCUGUCCCCAUGGGAACUUCCUGAUCCCCCAACUGGGACAUUAGCGGUCAACCUGAAAUGGCACAGGAGGAAAGGGAUACAAAACAAAUUCACUUUGAGGCAAGAAAUGCUGCACAUCUGGCUAUCGGUUUCCGCUGUACAAUGUGGGUGUGAAUUUCUCCCCUCCACAACGCACAUCAUGCAGGGUAUACAGGGAACAUACUCCCCCAACGCAGAAGCUUGUAUGGACUGAUUUGUGUAUUUUUCUGACCUAUACAUGGAGCAUCCCCCUCCAUAGUGUGUGCAUUGCCGUAGGUUGAGUCCCAGUCAUACCUCUGUUGGAGAAAGAGAUCACAGAUAUGCUUGCCAGUAAAGCACCAUGGUUAGUCUGUCCUCAAAAGUGACUUGUGCGGGCCACCUUAUGUUGGCAGGGCGUGUGCCUCAAGAGACAGUGUUUUUUAAAGAAAUAGUUCCAUGCAGGUGAUGCCUAAAUGGGUCUUGUCAGUCUUUUUCCCAGACAACAAACCAAAAUACUACAGGGUUUCCCCCCCCACCCCCCCUUAUUUAUAUAGCCACUAUUUUUUUUAAAAUGAAGUCUGGGCACAUAUUAUUGGGGAUCUUCUGAACAGACAUCACAAGUGGACGAAGGAAACUUUACAACGUUCGGCUGUUGUGGGUUUUCCGGGCUGUUUACAACAUUUGUAUAAAGAGGAGUGGAAAGUCCGGAACUCAGAAGAAGACCCCGUUAGUGUUUCCUGUUGGGUACCUUCAUCUCCUGCGGGAAUUGGUUAUCGCUGCCUUGAUCUUCUGUAUGUAGCCCGUUCGACAAGCUGUGCUGCUGGAACUCAGCAAAUCCCUUUGGAAGCAGCCAAACCUGUAUGUGACUUAAGCGUGAGUGGCGUGUAUGAAAGUGGAGUUUCUUGGCUUUUGGAUCCCUUGUUCCGUUGUAAUUUUUUAAAAAAAUGUAAAAUAAAGUUGACUAAUUCCA